GAUAUCACUCGUUGGUUGCUGAGGACGGACGGCGCAAGCGGAGAAUAUGACCUACGUGGUUGAUGGGAUGGGGGACAGCGUGCAGAGAUGCUGGUUCGACUCUACGUGACACUGUUAGGUAUUAUACGAGCGCUCGCGAGAGCAUAUUAUGCGUUGUUAUUUUGGGCUUGUGAAAUUCGGAUUGGAUUGGAUUCGAUUGUUUUUUUUGCUUCCACUUUUCACCCUCGUCUCGGCUAAUACCCCCCCCCCCCAUCUUCGCCUUCACCUUCGACCAACCGGGCCGCCGCAAAGUCACAGUCAGCAAAUACCUACGUCCGCCGCGGCCUGUCUCAUCCUACCUGGGCCGACGUUCGGAUCUUACGGGCGGCCGUAUGGGGGGGGGGCGCGGGGCCGGGUCGAGGGUGGUUCUACGAGUUUUUGCUUGUGGUGUUUUUUUGUGUCUUGUUUCUGGGAGGUCUGAUUGAUGAGUUGGGAUAUCGUCGAAUUGGGACUGGGAGCUUGGGUAUCUGCUGGCGACGUACAGUCGUUGUUUGUAAGGUUGCACCGGGGACGGAUGGACAGACGGG